AUGGAGGAUAGACGCAAUGGAAACAGCAACACCCAGCUCAAGGGGUGGAGGGAAACGCUGAACGAUGAUGAUUUAGCCGUUCUUGCGUUACGCAAUCUGAUCUUCGACAUUUGCAAUCAAAACGGAGGAGGUCAUGGUGGUUCGGCCGUUGGUAUGGCCGCCAUUGGUGUUGCCCUUUACAAGUAUACGUUGCGUUAUAAUCCCAAGAAUUCCGAAUGGUUUGACCGGGACAGAUUUGUGCUUUCCAACGGUCAUACUGCGAUGUUUCUUUAUGCUCUUAACCAUCUGGUCGGUUACGAAAACUUUACCAUGGACCAAAUUAAGGGGUACGGAGGCGACAAGACAGGAGGGUACAAAACGAUCUGUCACGCUCACCCAGAGAUCGAAGUGCCUGGGGUGGAGGUUACAACAGGGCCAUUGGGGCAAGGCAUCGCCAAUGCUGUGGGUCUCGCAAUUGCCUCGAAGCACUUGGCAUCCCGUUACAACAGACCUGGACUUGAUGUGGUGCAAUCGCGGAUUUACUGUAUGACUGGAGAUGGUUGCCUCAUGGAGGGAGUCGCUCUUGAGGCUAUUUCUCUGGCCGGCAGUUUGCAACUGGACAACUUGGUGUUGCUUUAUGAUAACAACAAAGUCACCUGCGAUGGACCACUUGAUUGGAUCAACACCGAGGACAUAAACAGCAAGAUGCGGUCAUCAGGUUGGCAUGUGCUUGAAAUUGCUGACGGCAAUCACGAUGUGGAAGCGAUGACCUCUGCACUGCGGUUCGCCAAAUCGCUAAAAGGCAAGCCAAUCUUUAUCAACAUUCGCACGGUGAUUGGUUUGGGAACAAGCGUUGCUGGCACAUUCAAAGCACACCAUGGCGCUUUUGACCCUGAAAGUGUGGCAAUUUCAAAGCAGUUGGCUGGUCAAGACCCGACUGUGACUCAUUAUAUCCCUCCAAAAUCCCUGGAGUACUUCCGAGAGAGGAAACUUCAUGGCGAACAGAUCGAACAAGAAUGGAACGAAUUGCUCCAGAAGUAUAGAUCUGUUUAUCCAGAACUAUCUUCAGAGUUCUUCAGAGCUAGAAGUGGAAGUCGCGGACCUGAGUGGCUGGAAGUCCUCAAAAGCUUGGAUUCCAGCCAAUUCAAGGGGACAGCCACUCGCGAGGUGAACGGAGCUUUGCUUGAACGACUAUGGAAGGCCUGUCCAACGCUUUUCGGCGGAGGCGCUGAUCUUGUCAAUUCGAACAAAAUUCCUUAUCUCGAUUCAGAUGUUUUCCACCCAUCAAUCAGCUAUUCUGGACGCUACAUUCGAUAUGGAAUUCGUGAACAUGCCAUGGCAGCGAUUUCUAACGGAUUGGCUGCUUAUGGACCUGGCACCUUUUUGCCAAUUACAGCCACAUUUUUUAUGUUUUAUCUCUAUGCUGCACCUGGCGUUCGAAUGGGUGCACUGAGUCACUUGCCUGUCAUUCACAUUGCAACCCACGACUCCUUUGCAGAGGGUCAAAAUGGCCCGACGCAUCAACCUGUCGAGUUGGAUUCUCUAUACCGCGCAAUGCCAAACCUGACUUAUAUCCGGCCCUGCGAUGCAGAAGAAACCAUCGGGGCUUGGAUGCUUGCAUUGGGUAACCACCAUGGGCCUACCAUGUUGUCACUGGGAAGAGAUCUCACUGGGCAUGUGCCGUCAACAGAUCGGACCAAGGUUCAAAAGGGUGCUUAUGUUAUCAAAGAUGCGACGGGAUUCAAACUUACUUUGGCCAGCUGUGGUACAAAUCUUCAUUAUGCAGUCGCAGCUGCAGAGUCGCUAUCGUCGUCGGGAAUUCCGACACGCGUUGUCAGUUGUCCAAGCUUCAGUCACUUCGAUCAGCAGGAUAAAGCAUAUCAUGACAGCGUGUUCCCUAAGGAUGGGACACCAAUUGUGAGUGUUGAAGAGUAUGUUGCGACCACUUGGGCGAAGUAUGUCACAGCCAGCAUCGGCAUGACCACAUAUGGUUAUUCAGCCUCCAAUGUGAGCAACUACGACCGAUUUGAACUGGAUAAGAAAGGAAUCGUAAAUCGAGUGUUGAUAUAUUUGGAUGACUUGGCCGGGACAAAUGCUCGACUGGUAGGCUGGAAACAGAUUUAG